UUGUCAUGGGAAAUAAAAAUAAAGAAAAAGCUGAAGAUCGUUCCUGCUUGUCUGGGCAAAUUCAGACCGACUGUUGGCCAGUGCUGCCACCAGUGCACCCCCAACAGUCUGCGCAAGAAGACCGGGCCAAACGCAUUCCUCGGCUUCCACAACCUGCUGAGUGUUAAAGAGACACACACCAGGUAUCGAGGCUGGCUGGUGCGGAGGGUGUGCUGCGCGCUGUUCGUGAGUGGGUGCAAGGUUUACGCGAGUCCUGUUAGCAACAGAUUGGAGAGAGUCUGUCAGAGCAACAGUGUGAAGGAGGCACUCUCAGCAGAGCAGAAAGCGCCUGAGGGGAGUGACAGCCGGGGGCAGCUCAGCCACCUCUCACCAUUCCUCCCCCUCAUUAACACCAGCAUCUCCCCUGGCCUCUUACGAUUCCUGAGCUGGGUGCUGCUGAAGAUGUUUUCUUCCAUGUUUGGCAGUAUUCAAGCUAACCUCAACCAUCUGCCGGCUUUGCACAGAGCUUCCCAAGAGGGAUCGGUGCUGGUUUAUGUGUAUUCACAUCAGAGCGUCGUGGACUGUGCUCUCAUCCCUCUGGUGCUCUUCUGUCACAGCCUCAGAGUGCCAUACACUGUUUUCCCGCUCCACAUUACCAGCUCCUUCAUAAGAUCAAUCCUGCAGAAAGUCGGUGUCCUCGUACCACCUGCACUGACGAAGGAGGAUGCUGAGACUGACAGACUGCACGCCCCCGUCAUGACCUCUCUGGUACGUGAGCUGCUACAGGAGGGUCAGGCCCUAAGUGUCGGCGUGGCAGCGGAGUCUGGCCGGGGCGGCCAGUGGCUGGCUUCCAUCAGACAAGUCAUCAAAGAAGGAUCUGUCCCCGAUGUCAGUCUGGUACCUGUGGGCAUCUCCUACGACUGUGUGCCAAAGAGCAACAAACAGAUUGGCCUCAGCUCUGUGUUGCGCUGGCUGUGCUCUCUCCUCUGGAGGAGACCGGAAGGAAUUGUGAGGAUCGACCUCGCCCAGCCUUUUUCUCUCAAGGAGAUGUGCGAGUCAGGGAGGUGCAGAGUAGAUCAAUGGCUCCCUCUACAGGACCUGUUGCUGCCAGUUAUCCUCAACAACAGAACUGACAGUGUGCUUGGGCGGAGGAGGAUGUCGUGGCUUCUUCCUUCUCCUCAUUAUGCGUCUGAACUCAAAGAGCCAGCUGAUCCGGAGAGAGACCUGAGCACCGCCGUCAUCCUCCACCUCCUCUUCUCGGCAGCCUCCUGCUCGGCUGUGAUGUCCACCGGUCUGGUGUCCAGUCUUUUGCUGUACAGACACCACAAGGGUGUGAGUGCCUCUGCCCUGUGUCAGGAUGUGGCCUGGCUCACAGAAGAGCUCUUGUUCAGAAACAAGGACGUGGGUUUCGGGGGGAGUUUGAAGGAGGUUGUCCGCUCUUCCCUCUCUCUGCUCGCCCCUCAUCUCACCAUAGCUGCAGUGCCGUCUCGGAAAGACCCUUUCAUUGUGCCCCGUCCUUCUCUUGCUGCAACACUUCACCUUUCCCUCCACGCCCAGAUUGUCACACACAGCUUUAUUUUGGAAGCUGUUGGCGGUGAGUGAGUUUG